AUGCACAUUUGUGAGGAUCUUUGCGUUGCUUACCACGCAGAUGGGUGUUGUCAGCUUUUCGAACUGCCCAGUCUGUCCAAGGUUGGCGAGUUUUUCUCAGAUGAAUCUGGACUCUUCGUGAAGAUGUUUGAAGUGACCCAGUAUGUCCUCGCUGACGCCGAUCGCCGUGUCGCAGACGACAAGAUCUGGCGCAAGGAGGAAAGACGGAAGAAGAAGAAAGCCAUGGCGGAACAAGAUCAGGAGCGAAGCUACGAAGUAAGUUUGCGGUUAGGAGCGACGAAAAAAGUGAGUUUAGAACAACAAGGAGGAGACAACGGCGGUCCGUCGCGCGAUGAAGACAACAAGCGAAGACACGCGCAUUCGGUGUCGCAGUUUUUCUUCGUGUACACAACAGCGAGGAAGAAGGUGAAGAGACCGGCACGGCCUCUUGCAGCGCCUCCACCCGGCACGGCGAGCGGCUUCGGAGCACGUUCUAAAAGGUCUUCUGCUGCGAACUCCGCAGCUAAUAGUCCAACAGAGGGCAAGAGUCCACGUGGAGCGGCAAGUGGUAUCUCUGCGAUGAAAAAGAGCAUCAAGUUUGCGACAGCAUUUAUGGCUCAACUUUCAUUGGUCAUUGGGGAGGUUGGUCUCUGACAUCAAAGAGGAGACCUCCUGAGAGAACGGGGGAAAGCAAGGGGAGAGGCAUGGCGCAUUAUUCUUUCAGAAUCAGUGACCACUGACUGCUGACCUUUAAAGCAUCAAACAAGCUGAAGACCACAGGGAAGUUUUCAGUAACGGCACUAGUCGAGGCAGCUGCAGCACAGUCCUUAUGAAAAGUCAGCAUCUUGAUAGAUUACAACAAUUGCUUUGAUCUUAGCACUUCGUUGUUGUUCGACUUCGAUCAUUGCUUUGAUCUUAGCACAACUUCGUUGAUGUUCGAUCAUAUAAAUGCUCGUCUCCGACGUCAAGGUCAUUAUGCAAAUUGAAGCCAAAUUAUUGAGAUCUAAAGAACAUCUAACCCUAGCCGCCCUCUCUUCCCCAAGCGAGCGAGAGCCUCCUGCUCCGCUAGAAGUACCGUUUGCAGAGAAAACGAGUCGGGACAAGCUUCGGGAACUAGGUUUUGAAAAUGUUGACAGCGAUAUGGACGAAGACUUUGACAGCGAUCAAGGAGCUGAGAAUACAGAAGGUGGUAGCAGUGGAGGUAAGAACGGUGGUAAGUCUGGAACCGCUUCCGUUUCUUCAAAGAACGGAAAAAAAGUGGAUCCAAGCGCUCUUCCUGAAAUGAUUGAGGAGACGAUUGGGAAUACUAGGAUCUUCUUAUUGAAGAGAAACAUUCAGACGAAAAAGAUAGAAUCAGUCGUUUUGAAAGGCAAUUUAGGUGGUGACGAGUGGGCAUUGGACGUCUCUGGUGCCGCGACAUUAUCACAUCUGGUUUCUCCAAGCAUUCCACUGCCAAAGCACUGUUUAUCUGAGGUUCUGAUGGAAGACGCGGCUUUGAAUAGUGCUGGAUUCGAGGACUUGCCGCCAGCAGCGGCACCGCCAGCAGCCGCUACGACAGACCUGAUGGCUGUUGGUGCAUCCAAGAGCCUGCGUGGAGGUGGACGAAAUUCAAAAAGCAAUGCAUUAGCUUUAGCUACUCUACCUCCUGGAGCAGCGACUCUACCUGGAGCGGGUGGAGAAUCGGCUACUGAGACUGAGGAUUUCGGUGAUGAUGAUCCUGCUAUUGUUUCGUUGCUGAAAGAAGACCCGGCGUUCGAGCCUCUAGUUGAUUUGCAAGAUUUUCCAGGAACGAAAACACUCAUUACGAGAUUCCUCUCUGAAUUAUAUUCAUCAUUGAAAAAUUUCACUCUCACUCAUGAUGAUGGACAUGCAGACUCUGAGGACUCUCAGGAGAACUGAUUAAGUAGAAUGAAAAAACGUAAGCUCCUCUGUACUUUUCUGAGUCUGUACUGUCAACACAGAAUUCUCUUCAGCGGCUUCAUGAUUUUCUCUCUUUCUUCUAAGACUCUGUACCUCUACGACAAGGAGGGCUGCAUCCACUGCCUAGACGUCUUAGAGACUGCGCGUAAGAAGGACGACUUGGAGACGGAGUAUCGCAGAGAAGAUCCAGCACUUUUCGUUGAUGCUGUCCCGGACCAACGUCUAGAACAUGCACAAGUUGUAAACAAUAGUAGUGGUGUUGGUGCGUCUGGUGCAGGAACUGGUCGUGCAGGAGCUUCGAGUGGUGGAGGUGUCACCUUUGGAACUGCCGCUAUCGUGGAAUUUGAUGGAGGAGGAGAAGAGGCUUCUGCCCCAGCAAAACCCGUUCCUGCAGUCAGAACAGUAGCCCUCAAUCCCCAAUCAAAGAAGGGCAGCAAGAAUAUUAAAGGUAAGAAAGAUCAAGACGAAGAAGCUGCUGAGAAUGCGAAGCCUGCUGCAGAAGUUCGCCGUUACUCCGCUUUUGAGUUGUCGAAGAAAUAUCCUUCGAGCCAGCUGUUCCAAUGGAACGCGCAUAGUGUGGAGAUUGUUUCUCUCGAAGCAGUGAACAAUCCACCCAGUUUGCUCUCCAUCGAUCUUUUACACACCUGCAAAGUCUGGUCACCCAGUGGCGAAUGCUACGCGCAAUUCAUGCAAGGCGAAGCCUUUCCUGGUCGCGAUCUUGCAGUUUCCAUCUGGCCACCACCUCAGGUUUUAGUGAAGUCGCUUUACUUCGCCAGACUGGCAAAAAGGUUCAAGGACGCGUUCAAAUUCGAUAGUGGACUGCAAUCGGCAGAGACUGUUGGUUCUGGUGCUGGGUUGCACAGAUCUGCUUCGAAGUCUUUGCACGAGACGAGUGUAGAACUCGAUAGAGGCCAGAGGCGAUCGUCAUUGAGAAAGCCAUCGACAAGCAGAAUGGCGAGCAAAGAGGAUAUGGGUAAAAAUGAACAACGUGAUCAUGAAUUUGCAGUAAAACGUUCAUCUUAGUGUUCUUAGUUUAGACAUGGUUCGAGUAGUAAGUUGUCCCAGAAAUAAGCCCAAAAGAAACAGUCUGUAUUGUUCCUAGUGCAGCAUAUUUCUUAACAAAUGACACCAGGUCCCCAACGCCGGGCCACUUUUUCUGAAUCAGCAGAGGCGAGCGACAAGGUGUUUCUGACACAACAGCAGCAGCAACAGCAAAGUGGAGAAGCUGCUGGUACAUCACAUCCUUUCGGUGGAAAGCAAUUACAAUCAGCUGACAGUCUAAUACUCGAUGUUGUAGGAGAAGGCGAUGAGGAGCCCAGUUUGUCACUUGCAACAAUGAAUUUGAAUAAUCGACCGAGUUCGGCUGAAACACAGAAGUCGGCCGUAACCGAGAGUGCGACUGUAAUAGUCGAUGGAGGUGCUGGAGGCUCUCAACAGCAACAGCAGUAUGCACCGGCAGCAGCACCACCUGCUGGAGGAAGCGCACCUGCGCCAGAUGCGUUUGGGCAAGCAGUUGUACAGGAAAAUAUGUACGACUUGGUGCCACCUAUGAGUGGUGGAACCAUGUCAAAACUGUUGGAGCAUCGUGUUUUCUCCGGCACCGGUGUGACGAAUAGGUCACAGGCUAGGUGUCUCAAAGUGACAGGCAGAACGAAGUCAUUGCAGGAACUGAAGUUAUGGUUUUCGACGAUCUGAACAUCAUAUCCUAUCGCUAUAAUCAUCUACUUCACACACACACUCAUCAUAUCCUAUCGCUAUAUAUAAUCAUCUACUUCACACCUAUUUACGUCACACUCAGCCACAGUGGCCACAGAGUCUUCUUUUGUUCUCCUUCCCAUCCUUGUUCCUCUCCUCCUCUAAGUCUCCACGAAAUGAACCACCUGGCUCGGGAAAUGGAGACUGCGCAUCCAGUAGACAAACGCGCCUAUGCGCCGCUUCCAAAACCGCUUCUGACUAAUCCUGAAUACCAGAUUCUUAGGGAAAAACACUUGACCACGAGGAACAACCAUGUGGCAGCGAACAACUUUGGAGCUGGCGGUAUGUCUCCGCCACGCCUGUUGACUAGAGCAGACCGACAAGUAGCCGCAUUCCAGAUGGCGGCGGCGAAUAUACUGGCGACUGGAGGGGUAUACGGCGCGAUGGGGCCACCAAGGCAGAGACGGAGUAGCGAGAUCAUGGCUGCGACGAAAAAGGGAAACAAUGGAGGUGCUCCAAUGCGAUCACGGUCACAUUCUUUCUCGAGCUAAUGGUAAUCGACGGGCGAGGAGAACGUUGUAAGCACUUUGAGCUGCAAAAUAUGCUGAGCUUAUGUAAGAUUAUUCACAACAUUAUCAUUCACCACCACAACAUGCUUAACAACAACAUGUGAAAAUGUACCCAAAAUUUCGCGAUCAUAUAUAAUAUUAUGUUGAAAUGUAAAUGUUUUCACGAGCUUGUUGAGCGUAAUUCUGAUCAGAGCAAAAUUGUCAUCUUCCACUAUUAUUUGAUUAACUUCUUCUUGGCAAAACGAGACCACAUAGGUACGCAGAAAGCAUCAUUAGCAUCUUCACGAAAAACGAAAAAGAAAAGAACUACAUUCAACAGAAAAAUCACAUUAAUACGCGCACGCUGUACAGUUGGCUCAAAGCUCGAGACUUUUUUGGCUAAAAACAUGGUAGGACUAGGAUGAGCUUAACAAAUUGACUUCGGAAGUUAGGACUUACCAAAAAAACAAUGUAUCGAACACAAAAUCUACGAAUCAAUUAUAUUAUGUAUCAACCUGCACAGUUGUAGAAGAUGAACGAUUACGAUCAACAUUAACCACCUAGACACUACUCAGUCCGAUGAACAGUACAGCUAGUACAACUCACAAACUAUUCUUGAAACUCAAAAUUAAUCGUAUGUAAUUCUGUCAUUCAUCACUUGAAAGCCUUCCCGGCUGGUCACCGGGGUCCCAUAGGGACAACACUACCGCGCGAAACAUCGAAAGAUGACCUGCGCACUCCGAUGCCCUUGACGGGUCGGGGCAUGGCUACCUCCUCUACGCUUACUGGUGGAACGGUAUGGUUGCGAGCUGUCUGGCGCCGCUUUCCUUCGCAGGGAACUCGCUCCUGUCGGAGGACUGCGAGGCGAUGCCCUUCCCCCCCUCCCUAACCGGGAGGGUCUCCACUGGAGCAACGCCUUGGCAAGGGGCUCCCGCGGGGCAGGCGUGGCGGUCUCGUCCAGCGACGACCUCUUCGGGGACGGUCGGGUCCUGGUGGCGUCUAGGUUUUCCGGCCCUUUGGUGGUGCUCCGCUGGCGCCUUGCCUUCGCUGCUUUGGCUCUUCUUUUUGGCGGUUUUACCUCUCUGCUAUUUCUGCGGGACUGUGGGUUGCGGUCAGUGAUGCAUUGGCUUUUCGGAAACAAUACGAGCGAGCGGCGGCACUGUGCAGGAGUGCCGCCGCUUCCUUCCCGCGCACCUGGUAAGUGCUGGCCUGCUGCUGUCGUUGAGCUCUCGCUCCAUACUACGACGCGGCUCGCCGCGGGGAGGUCCGGCGCUUUGGGGCUGCCUUGGCGCGGCGCGCCGGCUUCCGACUAAAUGCCCCCGACGAUGCUUCCCUGCUGUCUUCACCGCUGCACCUGCUUACCCUUUUUCGGUGUUGGUUCGAGGUCUCAGGCUUCUUCUUACUUACCAUGACGGCACCGGCAAACGCACCCGGACCGCGGCGCCUCUUGUUAGGACUCUCCUGCAUUUGCCUAGCGCGUCGUUGUGCUUCAGAUUCCGCCCACCGGGCCGUCUGUAGGUCUGUGGAUAACCGUCUAUCCUUCUCCUAAUAAUAAUCACUUGAAAGCCUUGAACAUCUAUCGAUAUCUUUUCACGUUUCACAGACGCUUGCCGAUACCAUCUUCACCAGCAUUCGGAAUACAAAGUCAAGAUGAGCUUCUACUUGGAAAAACAGGACUAAAUGUACAGUACUGAUAUGAAACCUACCUUCCCCCGUGCUAAUUUUGCCCACCCCGACCAUGAUAACCAAAAACGCUUCUUCAUCGCUGAACCAAACAACUUUAAUGAUGUCAUCGACAAUACGCUGACUUUUCAGCGCACAUUUAGUACUCUGUCUAAUGUAAUAAAAAUUCUCC